UUGUUAUGUUGAGUAAAAGUCUUUACCUGUCCAGCUUCUAGCUUCACAAGUAAACAUAUUUUAGGUUAGGUUAUGGUGAGUUUUGAGUUUGAUAUAGGUUAAGUAUCUCUUUUAAUCCAAUGUAGGUUUUUAGGAAAUACUUCAAUUUUAUCAAGCUUUCAAGGUUUGCUGAAGUGCAUAAAGGUAGACAGUCAGGUGUUGGUCACAUGGACUUGCUUGUUAGCCUAACCUAGCUUCAAGCAGGCGACAUGAGCUCAACCCCCCAUGUGGUACUAUCUGAAACUGAAUCAAAAGUGCACUUUAGAGUUACAUAUAUAAGUAUGUGUUUACAGAUAGUCCUGUUCAUUUGUGAGUGAAUUAGUGUGCACACAUCAAUAGAUAUAUUGUACUAUUUCAUAUAUAACUUCUGCUCCAUGCAGUGUUUCAACAGCCUGCAGCUUAAGCCUGUAGCCUGAAGCCUAAGUUUAAUGAAAUCUGCUUAGGUAAGCAUAGUGUUAGCCAGCCCAUACAUAAGUUAUGCAGUCUACUGGAAGGGAUGCAGAUGGAUAGGCUGGUAGACUCAGAAGAGUGUUUGGCACAGCACGGUUCGGUUUUACAUAAAUCAGUAAAUUACUGUCUGGAUAAGCAGGAUUUCUGUUCUCGAAAUCCGUUGAUGUUUCAUCUUCCCUUACAGCAUGGUGGUGGCAGUGUAUCAAAUAAACAGACAAGAAAUUGCAUCAAAUUGCUGGAACCAGGAGGUUCUGUGACAUCAGAUGGCUAUAUCAAGUCAGAGUUUGUGUGGUGUUGUGUCCGAGAGAACAAGUUUGUCGAUAUGACCAAGUUCAGAUGUGUUCCUGGCAGAGUAUCUCCAAGUGAUGAUGACUUGUCACCCGCCAGAAAUAUUAUCAGGACCCAGAGACAAAGGAAGGGGAGGCAGAAGUACACCAAAGAAGAUGACAGGAGGAUCGUGGGCUAUCUGGUGCGUGAGCGUCGCUAUAAUGAGGUGCAUGGCAGGAAAGUGUGGCAAGAUAUGGAUCUCUUUGAGGUUUCCAAGCACCCAGCCGAGUCAAUGAGGAGCCGUUACCUGAGGUUUAUCCUGCCGAACAUCAAGACAUACACUGACUUUCCCGUACACUGGAUGGCCUUACUGACAGGCAACACAGCUGAUGCUACCCAAGCUAACCGAUCUGAAACAUCCCCAGUUAGUAGUCCUGUAAAAUCAGCACAGGUUCCAAGCCCUAGGACAUCAGUUCAGGUGAGCAGCACAAGAAAGUCAAUACCCAUGAACAGCCCCCCCAAAAGCAGUACUGGAAACUGAUGACGACAUUGAACAUUC